UUGCCCAUAAGCAUAAGAUCGGUGAUCGUGGUUGUGGCUUAUAUGGUUUAAAAAUAUUGUUUUACAUGCAAAGUUAUGUUUAACAGCGAUCAGAAUGGCUGUUAACAGAUUGUGCGCUGUAUUUCGACAAGUAGUAGUAAAGAGACAAGGUAACAUAAUCGCGAGAUAUUGUUCUUCUCAAGUAUCAAAAGAAUGGAAUAACGCAUUUUCGUUGUCUAUUCUAUCUAAGAAUUUAUCAGAUGUACCUUCGACGAACGUGCAAAUCAAAUUCAUGCCCAAAACGCUUAAUAUAGAUUUCGGAAAUCCAGACAGUGUUUCCAGAAAGAAUAUCAAUGAAUUACCAUUGUCUAAAUACAUACCAUCGAUGGAAGAGCCCACAAUACAAAGGCCUAUUCAACAGGACAAGCCAUUGAUGGAUAAAUCCUUUGAACUACCGACGAUCGAAAAUAUUUAUGAGAAACUGGCCAUACGUAUGAUAGUAAUUAGAAGAAAGAAAAUGAAGAAGCAUAAAAGGAAGAAACUGCGUAAGAAAAUGCAUUUUGUGUGGGCUAAGUUAAGAGCAAAACGCAACAGCUUGAGGGAGAAGGUUUUCCAAGCUGGACUUUUGUCUCAGAUCAAGGAAGCAGAGGUGUUCGAUGCAAAGGCAUACGUUCAAUCAAGACUUGCUCUUCUGGAUAAAGAGUUUAUACCGAGAACAUAUAGAGGCGAAAUAUUACCACAAGAAAUGAUAAAAAAGUUUUUGCAAGAGAAGAAAGAGAAGCGGGAAAGGCUACUGAACAAGCCUAAGUUAACAUUGGAUUAAAUAUGUACAUAUAAACUGCGUAAAUAAAUGUUUAUCGUAGAAAUUA